UAACGGGCGUAACGGGGGCCUGCCCUACACUUUGAGAAGUACUGAGCUACAGGAAGUCACACUUGAUGUGACUAUAAUACAUUGUCUGAGUCACUGUCAACAAACACAUGGCAGGGCUUUAGGUUUUUUAUAGCACCGUAAGACCACAGAAUGGGAGGAAACACUGAAUGGUGUGGUUUUUUGUUUUCACCAUCACUACAGUGCUAUGUUAAGGCCUGGCUACUACAAUUGGAUUUAAGAAGUCUAAAUAAUCUAUUAGCAUGCUCCUCCAAAUAAUAUCACAAAAUCUUAUUUACACUUGUUAAAUCCCAAAUUGCUCUCAUGCAUUCUUUCAACACUACCAUGUCAAAUGGAAGGCAGAUAAGAACCCAACAUUUAUCUAUUUAAUUUAAUUAUGUUUAGAACGUCUUCUAACUAAAGUGCAAAACCUUAUUUAUUGCUGCAAAAAAAAAAAUUGAUAUAUGAUAACUGCUAAGAUAUAUGACGGCAGAGCGAUUCAUGAAGAGAAAAGUUGAAAACAAUAUGAAUGGACUUUAUUUACAAAUGUGGGUAAGACCACAAAUAUUUUCAAUUUUAUAAAAACAAAUUACUCAUAAAAAACAAAAAAAUGUACUUGUACUUGAGAAACUUGAAAGAACAGUUCCUGUUUUUUUGGUUGUGUGAUACUUUUGUUGAACAGUCUCUAUUAAAAAUGAUUACAUCUCCAAUUAUUUAAUGGAUAAUGUGUACACUACCUUAUACUCUUAUUUGUAAUUGUAACAACUUAUCUCUGUGUGCUUAUUAAUUAAAGAUUUCUUGUACACUGUAUCAAUUUUCUGUGACUGAGUGGAGACCAAUUCAAGCUAUGCUAUGUAAGCUAAUGUGACAUAAGUGUGCUUAGCUAAUGCGCUUGUCAUUAAAAAGACCUGCCAAUAAUAAUUAACUAACUAUAAGUUAAUAAAGAAUGUUAAAUGAAAAUGUUUUGUAACAAUGGUGUUAGAAUGGCAUUUGUUUAUAGGUAAAUGUUCCUGAGGGAAAAAAGUCCCCAGUUAAAAGUGGUUCGCUCAGCAGGUGGGUGAGAAGCGCCUUUAAAAAAAAAGUAUGCUGUACUACAACUCCCAAUAUUCCCUGCGUCACUGAUUGUUUGCUCUCUUCAGCUGCUGUCUCGCGCAGUCGCCACGUUGGAAUUCUGUUUUCGGACAUCCUCACUUUUCCCCACGGUAAACGAGGAAGUACAGAUUGAUUUAAGGGUUAUGAACAACUACCAGGUAAUCAGUCAGAUUGGAGAAGGAGCGUUUGGGAAAGUCUUUCUGGUCAGGGAGAUGGGAGGAGACAGACAGAGCGUGAUCAAACAGAUCGACCUAAGAAUGUUGUCAAUGAAGGAGAAAGAAGCAUCUAAAACAGAGGUACUGCUGCUGUCAAAGAUGAAUCACCCAAAUAUUGUGUCCUUUAUCACAUCAUUUAAAGAGGGCAGCACUCUGUUUAUAGUGAUGGAGUUCUGCGAUGGAGGAGAUCUGAUGAGGAGGAUCAGCAUGCAAAGAGGACUUCCUUUUUCUGAAGAACAGAUUCUGAGCUGGUUUGUUCAAAUCUGUCUGGGCCUCAAACACAUUCAUGACAGGAAGGUUCUCCACAGAGACAUUAAAGCUCAGAACAUCUUUCUCACCAGCGGCGGGAUGACAGCCAAACUAGGUGACUUUGGCAUCGCAAGAAUGUUGAAGAACACCAUGGAGAUGGCUCGUACUUUUGUUGGAACACCGUACUACCUCUCACCUGAGAUCUGUGAGAAUCAACCAUAUAACAAUAAAACGGAUAUCUGGUCUCUGGGCUGUGUCUUGUACGAGCUCUGCACAUUGAGGCAUCCAUUUGAAGGAAGCAGUCUGCGGCAGCUUGUCAGUAAGAUCUGCGGCGGGCGCUUCAACCCAGUACCAGGAUGCUACUCAUACGAUCUCUGCCUUCUUGUGACUCAACUUAUAAAGGUGAAUCCCUGUGAUCGCCCAUCCGUCAGCUGUAUCCUCAAACGUCCUUUUCUGGAGAAACUCAUACAGAAACACUUGGAUCCAGAGGUGAUACAGCAGGAGUUCAGUAACGCAACGCCACAGUGCAACAAGAUGACAGCUGGGGGCGCUGCAAAGAAAAUCCAGACUCCCAAAAGAGCGGAACGACACGGAGCGGCUGUGAAACAUCAAAACCUCAACCCAAAGUGGAGGAUUGGAAAUCCUGCUCACCACAGGCCUCUUUGUCACAGAGCAGGAAGAGCAGUCGCAGACAGAGAGGUCGGAGGUCAACACAACCACAGGUUCAAUUUUCUGCAGCAUCUGCGUCAGUCUGCGGCGCUUAAUAAUCACCAAAAAGACGGUCUUCCUUCCCCGACUGAUCUUCAGGUGAAUGAGAAGGCUGACGAGGAGACUGCAAUGCCUGUGGAGCCGUAUCAGCUUGUGGCUGCUGCUCGACAGGAAUAUCUAGAGAGAAGACACGAAGCAAACCAGUACAAACUGAGAGCAGAGAAACAGCUGGGUCUGCGUCCAUCCACGGCCGAGGUCAGGAGCAGGCCAGCAGGUCGGCAGGAGAAGCAGAGGGAAGGGCACGUCAAACAGCGGAAAUGUGAAGGACAACAACAGGAGUACCUACGUCAGCUGGAUGUCAUUAGACAACAGUAUCAUCGAGAGAUGAGAAACAUAAGGGUCAAAGCGGCUGAGAAGAUGGAUACAUCGAAUCAUGAAACGUUUACGGUGAAGAAACCAGACGUACUAGAACGAGAAGAGACUGAAGAUCAGUGUGAGGCAGCAGCUGCCCAGCUACAUGACAUAGAUGCUGCGCUGAGACGGAUCACGGAGGACCCAACCCUGCAGGCUAAACACAACGACAAGAAGGGAAUCAUGUUUGAAGUCUGUUUGGAUGGCGUCAGUGCGAAGGAAGGACAUGUGAAGACCACAGGAGGAACAGAAAAAGAUAAGCAUGAUUCGAACCCUCUAAACAAGACUAUGAGCUUACGGAGGGGGACAGACUUGAAGGUCAGGGAUUGGAUGAAAGAGCGAAGAAGGUGGAGCCACAGGACUCAGAGUCUGCUGAAUGAACUAGCAAAUAUUGAAGCGAAGUCCGUCUGCAGCACUGUGGUCGAGGAUGACGAAGGUCGUAGACAAUGGAGUGAUGCCACCCCAAAUACGCUGCUGAGUGCUCUGGCUCAGGCUGAACUUAUCUGGUCCACUAUGCAAGAAACAGCUGAGAAGGAAGAGGACGAUUCGGAUGUGGAAAUAGACGAAUACCGUCAAGAGCCAGGGUCGGAUAAUGACGACACGUACUUUGAGGAUUCAGAGGAUGAGCUGCAAGAAGCUGUGGCGGACUCGAUGAAGAACCUCCUCAUCAUGGAGGAUGUCAUGGAGAAUACAGAAGUGUGUGAUGGGACGGACAGUGAAGAGAGAGAAAGAGCAGCAAGCACUGUUGACAUUCGGCAAAUCCAACAACCGCAAGUGAAGGAUCCGUCAUGGCAGGUUCCAUCUGAGCCGGGGGAAUACGUUGUUGGCGGCAGCGGGAAUGUGGAUAAUGUCGAUGACUUUUCCAAGACGUAAGUGGUGGAGCGCAUUUAAUAAAGUGUUAAUUAGAGGCUUUGUAAAUAUUAACCAACAAUUAUUCCCAUUUUUACCCGAAAGCAAUAUUGUAUUCAAAUUAAAGUGUGCAGCUUUUAACUGUCUAGAACAGGGGCCCUUGUAAAUGGAAGACAUCGUUGGUCAUUUGGUACUGCAGUGGGACACAGUGGAAA